AUGGCAGGUUUGCAAAAAGAGAAGGAGGUUUGUCUCAGGCACGGGAAUGAAACUGCAAAUGCGAAUAUUGAAGGUGGCAGUGUUCAUUUACCAUUCUCCCUUGAUGAAGAACGGGGAGUGGUAAAGAAGAUUGACUGGUUUGUCCUGCCGAUGAUGUGCCUAGUAUUCUUCUUCCAAUACUUGGAUAAGCAGAGUCUAAAUUAUGCCUCUGUUUUUGGUCUAAUCGAACACCUCUCCCUCCAAGAAUUGGAAUACUCCUGGUGCUCAUCCUUGUUCUACCUAGGACAAUUGGUCUCCGAGUAUCCAUUCAUCUAUCUGAUGAGCCGAUUGCCGUUAGCCAGACUAGUUGGUAUAUGCAUGUGCCUCGCAGCCCCCCACAACUUCGCAGGAUUCGCAGCUGUGCGAUUCCUACUAGGUCUCAGUGAAGGCGCCGUCUCCCCGGCAUUCGUUACACUGACUAGCAUGUGGUAUAGGAAGAAGGAGCAUGCUUCUCGGGUAGGUAUAUGGGUCAUAAUGAAUGGGCUCGCCCAGAUCCUCAGUAGUCUCCUCAUGUACGGUAUCGGCAAAACGUUAUCUUCCCAUUUAGCUCCAUGGCGGGUAUUAUUUCUCAUCUGCGGCGCGUUGACGGCUGGAUUCGAGGUUCUUUUCCACUUCGUUGUCCCAUCUAACCCAGGAACUGCAUGGUUCUUGACACAGAAAGAACGAGAGGUCAUCGUGGCAAGAAUGGCCCUGGACCGGGACGGUGGUGACCAGACUGAUUUCUCAAUUGCACAAGUCAAAGAAUCUAUCAUGGACAUGAGAGCUUGGCUGAUAUUCGCGUUUGGAAUUCUGGUGACCAUGCAAUCGCCGGUGCUUACGUUCGCUUCCUUGAUCAUCAAGAACUUGGACUACGACAAGUUCCAAACUAUGCUAUUUACCUCACCCUCUGGAGCAGUGCAGAUUGUGGCCAUCUGGAUCGGCAUCUUCGGCUGCAUUCUACUCCCCAAUAGCAGGUGCUUAGUGGUUAUGUCUCUGGCCAUCCCUCCCCUAAUCGGGAAUAUCUUAUUACUAAAGCUCCCACUAACGGCUGGCUGGGGACUCAUCGUAUCUCCUUGGUUGGCAUCCUGCAUAUCCGACGUAAUGGCUAUCCUUCUCAGUCUCAGCGCCUCCAACAUAAAAGGCAACACCAAGCGCGCCACUGCUACUGCGUUGGCUGCAUCGCUGCACCACAACUUUAGAAAUUCAAACACAGCUCCCCGACACUUUGAAGGCGUUAUCACUGCCAUUGUGACUUGGUAUCUUCUCGUCGCUGUGAUGGGUUUAUACUGGUUUCUGUGUUGGAAGGAGAAUCGACGACGGGAUGAGGGUAGACAUUCAUAUGCCGGUAGGGAGUAUCGGGAUGGUGAGGAUAUAACCGAUAUUCAGGAUCCGCUUUUUAGGUAUAGUUACUAG